UGCGAGCAGAUGUGGUGGUGGAGUGAUGCAGACACUGGACACAAAGGCAAAUUAUCUAGCACUGCACAAGUACACCAAGUAAAGGCUUUCUGGAACUGAAAAUAUGGUGGGGCUGAGAAAUCGCUCAACAUGGGAACCACUGCUGCUCAAGGCCUCCAGCAUCAAGUCUUGUGCCAACGGCUGCUCGAUGGGCAUCACUGCACACCUUACAUACGCCAACGCUGAUAUAGAGUCUGUCGAAGGUGUUUUUGUGUACCCUCUCGGGGAAAAGGAGGUUGUGGUGGGCUUUGAGGCUGUGAUCGCAGGCCGGCUAGUGGGGGUACAGAUCCAGAGCCGAGGGAAGGUGAAAGACUGCUGUUUGGAUUGCUGCCCUGGAUCUGGUCUUGAUGGACACUGUGGGAAUGGCCGGGAGUGGGGCUGCUGCGGGACUUCCAGCUUGGAUAUGCAAUGCACUAACGGGCAUCUCAUCCUGGAUGAAGACCUGGAAAGAACCACUUUCAUUGUGGGCUGUGGUAUCAUUGGCCCCAUGGACAUAGUGUCUGUUGUUAUAAGCACUACGCUAGAACUCCCUACAUUAGAAAACGGAGCAAUUCGCAUUGUCUACCCAACACUGCUUACACCGAUCGUGACAGGCCAGAUGACUGCAAGCAAGAGUGAAAAUGGAGGGAAAUCUGAGGAAACUGGGGGAACAAGCUGUUUUGGUGCCACCCCAGGGAAACAGGACAGAGCUUUGGACGCUGCGCAGCAGUGCUCCCACACCAUCUUCACCAGUCCAGCUGCCAACCUGGCACCAUAUGAGCUCAACUUCCAGCUGCUGGUCAGAGCAGCCUGUCUGCUGGCUGGACUGGAGAGUCCUACUCAUGCUUUGAGGGCAGACGCUGACCCGAGUGCCCAAAGUGCCUCUGCCACCUACAUCACCUUGGCACAAGAGCAUCCAUAUGACAGACACAUAGAGAUCAUUUUGCACCUCAGUGAACCUCACAGUCCAUUGGUCAUCUUAGAGAGAGGCAGGCUGUCCUUCAGCCAGUAUGAGCAGCAGACCUCUUCACGCCGUGAUUUCAUUCGCUGCACCCGCAAAGAUUCAGACCCCGAAAGAAAGCUUGAGUUUGUGAGGAGGCGAUACCACAAGGACAUCCUCUGUAGCCCCGUUCUGAUGCUCAAUUUCUGCCCUGACUUGCUGUCUGAACCUCUGGAGCUGUACAAAGCCAGCAGAGAGUUGCUGUUCCUUGUUGAUCGUAGUGGCAGCAUGAGUGGCACCAACAUUCAUCGAGUAAAGGAAGCCAUGGUGGUGGCUCUGAAGAGUCUGCCUUCUGGUACAAUGCUCAACAUUGUCGGCUUUGGGACCACGAUCAAACCUCUGUUCACCUCCAGCAAGCUCUGCACUGAUGUGACUCUAAAGCAGGCCUAUGAAUACAUCCAGAGGAUGAGAGCAGAUAUGAGAGGCACCAACCUCCUGGGGGCACUGUCCUGGCUCUGCCAGCAGCCCAUGCAGCGCUCAUAUCCUCGUCAGGUCUUCAUCAUCACGGAUGGGUCUAUAAGCAAUGUGGCCAAAGUGCUGGAGCUGGUACGCAGAAACACAUGCACUGGCAGAUGCUUUGGGCUAGGACUUGGCACCCGAGCCUGCAGGAGACUCCUGCAGGGCAUGGCCAAACUGACAGGAGGGACCACAGAGUUCUUGGAUGAUGAAGAGAGACUACAGCCCAAGUUAAUCAAGUCUCUAAAAAAGGCCUUUGAACCUGUGCUGACUGAUGUUAGGAUUGACUGGUACCUGCCAGAGAACAUGGAAGCUCUUCUUUCACCCAAUGAAAUCCCUCCACUCUACCCUGGUGACUGCCUCAUUGGAUACUGCACUCUUUAUGACAUGACCAAUUUCAAAGCAAAAAAGAUAGAGUCUCAGGGUCAGGACUAUAAAGGAUUUCACCGUGGCUCUACUGGGUCAGUUUUUGGCCAGUCAAAUGAUGAGCUUUCACCUCCUCCUGCUUCUGAGUUAAUGCCUGUGGUGACACAUGCAGAUGGCACUGACCUGGAGGAAGCUCUGAGGGAAAUUUCCAGAGAAAUUUCUUCUGAGUUCUCCUGUGCCAGAGACACUGACCCUGGAACCAGUCCAGGUGUGGAGCUGGACAUGUCCAGUGAUAUAAGGAGGAGGAUCCAGGAGAGUUCUUAUAUUCAGGAGCAGUAUGUUCUCACUCACUGCUCCCUCAGCAGUGAGCGUAGUCUUCAAACUCAGUCCCAGUCGCAUGUACAUGUCUCGAACUCAGAUUCUGCAGGCGGGACCUUUCUGUCUGAUUCUCAUUGCUCUGGUCCAGUGUUGGAUACAGGGUCUCUACCACAAGGCCUUGAGAAGAUGGCCCCUCCAGAACAGAGGUCAUCCUUGUCUCGAUGGGCAGACCCAGCAUGGCAGCAAAACCUUUCAGCUGAAACUCCUGACAACGAUGCGAGAAAGAAUGGGUGUUUGGAGAGAAGCGAGGAAUAUCGUAGGAGGCAGAAAGCACUAGCACGUUCAACUAUGGCAGCACGAAGUUUCUCAUCACCCCAGGGUGAACUAGAGAUGCAUCGCCUUAGGAGAGCUCUGGAGAGGGUCUCUUUUGACCAGACACUAGGAGGGAGACUGGAUGAAAGUGAUGGGGAAACAAAGCCUUCAUCAAGAGGGACAGUUUCCCACCGGAGCCUCACAGACUCCAAUGGACUCCUGUUUCCUGCCUCUCCCCUGGACUGGGAUAACCUCACAGACCCUGAGUAUUUCUUCACUGCUGUACCUCCAGAGGAUCCUCCACCAGGUCAGUGCCGCUCCUUGAUUCACGGCCACCUGAGCGGCAAACCAGUGUCCUGGGAGGUCACUGUGGACCUGGGGCAUCUCUGGACCCCUGAGGGUGAGGAAAUCACAGGGGUUGAUAGAUGUGGAGGUGGAGGGGAAGAAGGAGGGAAACCAUGGGAGGAGAUCAUUCACCAACUGACUGCUCGCUCAGUUAUAAAGGACUUUGAGAAAAUGGCAGAAAAGGAGAGUGAUAAUGGACAUGGUUCAGUUAAACGACACCGUAUGAAGGCUAUUCAGACAAGUAAGCAUUGUAACAUCAUCUGUAUGUACACAGCCUUCACUACCACAGACAGCAGCGCCAACAAAGGCUUGACGAGAGGCAUGGAUGUUUACAACACUGGGAUUCAUAUGGGAAGGAGACUGAGUUCUCAGUCAGGUAGUCACAAGCAGAGAGCCUACUCUGUGGGACUGGGCAGACGGUGUACCAGCAAAGACAGCGAAGAGGUCGAAGACAACUAUAACUCUACAGACAGAGAUGACACUCCUGCCUCACCCUGUAGCGUUACAUCCUGGGACUCUAAUGUAGGUGGCAUCGGCUACUGUGCUAUGGCCCCUGCAGCAACUGGCAGCACCUGCAGUCGUUCACAGCGAUCCAUAGAGAGCAAGUCAAUGGAGAGCUUCUUUGGGACCAGGUUCCCACUAGGCAGACUCAGGUCUUCCAUCUCGUCAGGGAAGCAGGUUCCUCUGAAGUCCCACUGUUUAUCUGCAGAGACUGACAAACAACCUGACAGUGAAGCUCCUGACUACCUGCCUCUGGUGCAUCUGCAGCUUGCGUCAGGAGCUUUUCUGCUCACAGAGAUUUACUCCGACUGUGUCCAGAUCCCUCUGGACCGACUUAAAAGAGCAUCACCUUACAGUCUGCAUCGUCGCAGUCUCAGUCCAGCCUUCCGCUGUACAUCUCCUAGUGCUCCCUCUUUAUCUACCACUGCCAAACCUCCAGGCGCUCUCGCUAGCCACCAUGUUACCUUUUCUCCCUCUGCGUGCUCCCUCACCAAGCCAACUGCUCCUCCUUUCCAUCACACUCCAGAUGACACCCCACUGAUUUUGGAGUCAAAGCUUUUAAGAAGACACUUAUCUGACCGAGACCCUGCCACCUCACCCCCUGACUUCCCCAGCUCUGAAGAAGGCUCUUUGGAGCUAUCUGUCGGCCUCUCUCAGAGCCAGAGCCUUGGCCAAGCGGACAGUGGUCGUGGUUCAGAGACAGACGUCUGUGAGGGCAUUUCAGCUGAGCCACCAGACCUCCAGAGCAGCAGCCUGCUGGCUCAGGAGGAUUUGGAGGGCUCAAGCUGGGCCACAGCUGUGGCUCUGGCUUGGCUGGAGCACCGAUGUGCUGGCUACUUCAUGGAGUGGGAGCUAGUAGCAGCAAAAGCAGACUUCUGGCUACGUUGUCAGGAGCUGCCAGAGGGUGUGGACCUGGCAGGGCUCAGAGGAGCAGCCAGACAGCUGUUCCUGCUGCUGCGCCACUGGGAUGAGAAUAUUAAACUUAACAUGCUGUGUUAUAACCCCAAUAACAUGUGAGACAAUCAUCUUAGAGGAAACUGAGCCAGAUCUAGUAAUUAGCCUACUUGUUACAAAUGAUUAUGAUGAAUCACCUUUACACUGAAAGUAAAUGCGUAAUUUAUUAAUAUAUACUGUCAACUAGUGCCAAGUCCAUACUAAUUUUACAUGACAAGUGUCCUUUUAUUAUAACUAAGCUUUAUGCAAACACAAGAA